CUGUUUUUGGUCUCAGAUCAAUAUGACGCCUCCGCACGAAGAAGAUUCGUCUACUUUGUCAGGUGGACACUCGACAUCCCCUCGCAAUUCCUUACAAGCAGACGGCAAUGCCCCUCAGUAUCUCUACAUUGUCCGCCACGGCGACCGAUGGGACUAUGAGAAUCCAACGUGGGUCGAAACCACGGAUCGCUCGGGUGAUCCUCCGCUGAGCAAACUCGGUCAUCAACAAGCGCGGGAAACGGGCAUCUUUCUGGAUCAACUCUUGUCGAGUGAUGGAAUCACUGGAGACGAUUUAACUUGGAUGAGUUCUCCCUUUUUGCGCACCCUACAAACCUCAGACAACGCCCUCAACGCCAUGACCAAGACCAACAUCAAGAACGUACCUAUUCUUCCCGAAUACUCUGUCUUUGAGUGGGACGGAAAAGGAGGCAAAUGGCACGAGUCGCUGCCGCCCUUGUCGGAACGGGUACACUACUUCCCUCGCAUGGACGUCAAGUACCAGAGUCUGUUCGUGCCGACUUUGCCGGAGCCGCGAUCGGAGUUUCACGGACGGUGCGAACGUGCAAUCCAUGCUCUGAAUCAACGCUAUUGUUUUAAGCCACGCAGCGCGCUGGUAGUCGUCUCGCACGCGGCAGCCUGUAUAGGUUUGGCGCGAGCGGCGGCGAACCUCACCCUGACCGAUAUCACACCUGCAGCACCGUGUACUAUCUUUCGUUUAAGCCGUACCGACAAUUCCGCGACCUGGCAAAUGGAUCAGCAUGAUGCUGUAAAUAGUUUGAACGGACACACGUCCCAUUUGAGCGAUUUAGGAAGCACUACAGUGCCGUGGAACCACUUUGGUGACAAAGCAAUCCAUAGGGGUUAUACCGGACCACCAACGUCUCGGUUUGCCCCCAAAGAUCUAAACGACGAAUUGUAACUACAUGUGAUCCUUCCUCGACCCGUUGGUACGGUGGAUUCUUUCCAUGUCUUGGACUUGGAAGCUCCGUUGCCUAUGGCUAUAGGAAAUGGAUCUGGUCGGUCAUGUUCGCUGUAGUAAGGCAGAUCUUUAUUCCUCU